CAAUUUCUGUGGUUGAAUCAGGAGUCUCGGAAAAUAGCACUAAGGCGUGCUAUGAUGCAUAGUUGCAUUUUACUUGCUUUUGUACCUCGUGCCCGGCUGGCUACGAUCAUCACAGCUGAGCGGCUGAAUGCCUCCACACCGAGGGCCAAGGUCCAAUCAUGGUAAAAAUCCGCGUGCUUUGCGAUAAACUUUGGGCUGAAUGAUGAGGUGGACAUGGCGGCAUGCAGGCGGAGACAGGCGAGUGGGACAUGCAUUUAUAGCCGGGUGGUUCUGCUCUUUCGAUGUUGCAGACAUUUCCCAAUUUUGUGUUUUUCCGUGGCUCACAGUAUGGCUAACAUUAUGACUCGGCAUGUGGUUUGUAUCGGCGCUGGAUUUGUGGGUGGCCCAUUCGGUGCCAUGAUCGCGUAUCAAUGUCCCGAUACUCUGGUCACGAUCGUGGACAAGGACCAGCGACGUAUCGAUGCAUGGAAUUCUGACAGUCUUCCCAUGUACGAGCCCGGCUUGGAGGAUGUCUUAUCCAGCAUCCGCCGACGACCGACACAGAUCGCACAUCCCGAGUCUGGAGAGGACUUGUCAAACCUACGAUUUUCGACAGAAAUCGAACAAGCCAUAAGCGACGCUGACAUUAUCGUACUGUGUAUCGAUACGCCAACCAAGUCGUUUGGCAUCGGAAAAGGUCUCGCGCCGGAUCUGGCGAACAUCCAAGCAGCCGUGCGGACGAUUGCGCGAGUAGCAACGAGCGAUAAGAUUGUGGUCGAAAAGUCGACCGUACCAUGCGGGACGGCUGAAUUAAUUCGCGACUUGCUGGAAUCCGGAUCAUCACAACAGGUCCGAUUCGAAGUCCUCUCCAAUCCCGAGUUUCUAUCCGAAGGCACAACCAUCACAGACUUAUUACACCCCUCCCGGGUGCUUAUCGGCUGUCAACAAACCCCAUCCGGACAAAAAGCAGCCGCAGCGCUAUCCGCCAUCUACGAGGCAUGGGUACCUCGGGACCGAAUCAAGACGAUGGACUGCUGGUCAUCGGAAUUAUCUAAGCUAGCAGCCAACGCAAUGCUCGCCCAACGACUAAGCAGCAUCAACUCUCUCAGCGCGAUCUGCGAGGCUGUCGGCGGCGAUAUCGACUCACUCUCCAUGGCAUGCGGGCUGGACCCGCGGCUUGGACCUAACAUGCUGAAGAGCAGUCUAGGUUGGGGAGGAGGCUGUUUUGAAAAAGACGUGCUGGAUCUGGUUUACAUUGCGCGCACCCUGGGGCUGGACACGGUGGCGAACUAUUGGGCGUCGGUGGUUGAGAUGAACAACGAACAGAAGACCCGGUUCCUGCGGCGGAUUCUCUCGUCUAUGCAUGGUAGUGUGAGGGGGAAGUCGAUUGCAAUUAUGGGAUUCGCAUUCAAGAAAAACACUUCCGAUACGAAACAGUCGCCGGCUAUCCCUGUGGUAAGGGGAUUGCUGGCUGAGGGCGCUCGGAUAUCCAUAUACGACCCUAUGGUACCAUCGACGACCAUCCUGGCCGACCUGGCGCCGUUGUCGGACAGGGAACUAGCACAGAUUCACAUCUGCAAAACAGCAUACGAUGCAUGCGACAACGCCGAUGCGGUAGCAAUAGUGACCGAAUGGGACGAAUUCCGAAUGACCGAAACACGGAAGCGAAGCUCCACACAAUCGACUCUGACAGACGAUGAACAGGAUUGGACAGCACAACAACCCCCAACAUCGCGAUGCCUGACGCCAGACAGCGAGGAAAACCUAUUCAUGGUACCACCGGCGACCAGAGAACCGGUGGAUUGGGAACAUAUCGUGAACGGGAUGCAGAGUCCGAAGUUUGUGUUUGACGGGCGAAACAUUUUGCCGGGAGAACGGAUGCAGAUGCUGGGAUGUCGAUAUGUGCGGGUUGGGCGCAUGUCGGAGUGGGAUGCGGUGCGGAUGAAUCGAUACCCAUUUAGCGGUUGAUUUUUGUUUUCUAUAUUUUGUCUGUUAUGCAUGUGCAACCGUGUUGUGCGCAAGGCUAUCGGCCGGGAUAUUACACUCGGACUAGAGCGGUGGUGUGCACAUAUUACUCGAGAUAGAGCACUGUUAUGUACCAUGUGAGAAGAUCCCGGGAAAUCCGAAUGCAGCCUUGCGUGAUUAUUUGGAAUACCUUCGCAUUCUACUCCAGACUCUGGUAGAGAAUACUCAGUACGUAAAGGAAAAAAGGCAGGUCCUGUGACCCUGUCAGCGACAAGCUAUCUAGU